AUGGCUAGACGCAGCCGCGUCUGGGCGGGCGGGGGAACCUGUGGAGGGAGCGACUUGCAGCUGCUCUUCUCCGCCUCCGAAGCCCUGAGGGAGCGGAGCCCCGCCCCCUUCUCCCCCUCAAACCGGGAAAGGGGCGGGGCGGCUGGCGAGGCAGCCUCCCGAGGCCCCAGCUCCGAGGCUGAGCCCGGGGGGUUCCGCAGCUGCCGCUCCCUGGAAGCCGAGGGGCCCCGGGCGCUCUGCAGCCGCCUGCACGGGCUGUGCCGGGGGUGGCUGCGGCCCGAGCGGCGCAGCAAAGCCGAGAUGCUGGACCUGGUGGUGCUGGAGCAGCUGCUGGCCCUGCUGCCCCCGGAGCUGUCGGGCUGGCUGAGGGAGUGCGGGGCGGAGAGCUGCGCCCAGGCGGUGGCCCUGGCCGAAGGCUGCCUCCUCGGCCCACCAGCCGCCCCGGAGCCCGGAAAGGGGCGGCAGGAGCCAUCCAUUGGGGAGAUCUCAGCAGAGCUCCAGGGAAGAAGAGAUCCAUCCAAUGAUUCUGAAGAGAUUCUUUUCAGGAGGAUCCAACUGGGGACACUUUGCCAGUUAAAUGACUCUGAUCCCUUUGAGGAGGUGGCUGUGGACUUCACAGAGGAGGAGUGGGAGCUGCUGGAUUCGGGCCAGAAGGCCUUGUGCAGGGAAGUCAUGCUGGAGGUUUCUAUGAAUUUGGCCGCUCUGGCAGGCGAUAGUAAUGGUGAUGAUCUGGGGAAUGAGAAUGAAAAGCAGCCACCAUUAUUGACAUUACCUAACAUACCACAUUGGAAACCACAGACAUUUUCAGAAUAUGAGGGCGAUUUCAGUCUAAGCAAAAUGAUGGAAAUUUGCAUGAACUGUGGAAAGAGCUUCAUUAGUUCGAGUAAUCUUAAUUUCCAUCAGAGCAGCCACAUAGGUGAGGGGCUAUAUACCUGUCCAGAAUGUGAAAAAAGCUUUUGUCAGUCAACAGAGAUGAUUUGUCCUAAAAAGAUCCACAUAGGGACCAGACCAUAUAAUUGCCUGGAGUGUGGAAAGAGCUUUUUUGAGAACAGUGAUCUUACUCGACAUCAAAGGAGCCACACAGUGGACAAACCGUAUAAAUGCCUGGAGUGUGGAAAGAGCUUCACUCGGAAAGGAAAACUUAAUUCUCAUAAAAAGAUCCACACUGGGGAGAGACCGUAUAAAUGCAUGGAGUGUGGAAAGAGAUUUAUUGACAGCUGGCACCUUACUUUUCACCAAAGGAUGCACACAGGGGAAAGACCAUAUAAAUGCUUGGAGUGUGGGAAAAGCUUUAACUGGAGCAAUAAUCUUAUUCGUCACGAACGGAUCCACACUGGGGAAAGACCAUAUAAAUGCUUGGAGUGUGAGAAAAGCUUUAAAUGGAGUAAUAAUCUUAUUCGUCAUGAAAGGAUCCACACUGGGGAGAGACCAUAUAAAUGCGUGACGUGUGGAAAGAGUUUUGCUCAAACAGUACAUCUUAAUAAUCAUAAAAGAAUCCAUACGGGGGAGAGACCAUAUAAAUGUUUAGAAUGUGGGCGAAGGUUUAGUUGUAGCAAAAGUCUAAUACAUCAUGAAAGGAUCCAUACUGGGGAGAAACCAUACAAAUGUGUGGAGUGUGGAAAAAGCUUUGCUCAAGCAACACAUCUUAAUUCUCAUAAAAGGAUCCACACUGGGGAGAGACCAUAUAAAUGCUUGGAAUGUGGAAAAAGCUUUGCUCAAACAUCUCAUCUUAAUUCUCAUAAAAGGAUCCACACGGGGGAGAGACCAUAUAAAUGCAUGGAGUGUGGAAAAAGCUUUGGUCAACAAGCACACCUUAAUUGUCAUAAAAGGAGCCACACAGAGGAGAAACCAUAUAAAUGCUUGGUAUGUGGAAUGAGUUUUGGUUGGAAAGUAUGUCUUACUCGACACCAAAGAUCUCACACAGGAGAAACCAUAUAAAUGCACUGAGUGUGGAAAGAGCUUUGCUCGGUGAGAGAAAUAAGAAUUAUUCCUGUAAAGAGAAGGAACCGUAUUUAUUGUUUAUGUAACCUAAGACUCCAGCUGUUAGACAUUAGAUAUGGAGUUGUGUAAGAAGGGACUUUAGUGGGUAAAAACAGAAUUAUAAAUUGAUUAGUACAUUCUAUGUCAGGUAUGUACAUUGGCAGGAAAGGAGCGGUCAUGCUAAAUUUGAUAGUUGCUAUGACCGAGGUAGGUCAGUUAUCGGGAAAGUGCUUGUCCGGGAAAAACAGGUGUUAUGUAGCCAAAACAUAUGUAAGAAAAUAAGCAGCAUUAAAGAGGAGGAGGUUUUGACUCUGAAACUGUAUUUAAACGUGUAAUCAUAUGUAUUCUUUGCUCUCGUUGCUGUACAUAUGAGCACAAGGGGGGGGUAUUUUUGCAAAAGUUAAAUAAAGCUCUUUUUAUUGUUCAUGUCUCCCCUGAUGUUUAAUUGAGUGGUUUAAAUCUCACAAUUGGAUAGGAAAUGUUCAUUCUCACAAAAGAACCCACGCAGAGGAGAGCCCAUAUAAAUGCUUGGCAUGUGGAAAAAGCUUUAACUGGAACAGAGAUCUUACUUGUCAUGAAAGAAUCCACACUGGGAAGAGAUCAUACAAGCGCACAGAGUGUGGAAAGAAAUUCAAUCAGAAAAGUGCUAUUAAUCAUGAAAGAAUUCAUAUAGGGGAGAGACCAUAUAAAUGCACUGUGGAAGAAACUUUGCUUAGUUAAAGGUAAAGGUUCCCCUCGCACAUACGUGCUAGUCGGGUGCUCAUCUCCGUUGCAAAGCCGAAGAGCUAGUGCUGUCCGAAAUUACGUACCUUCGAAAGUGCUAGGUUGGCAGAAGCUGGGACAAGUUACACGGCAGCACUAGGGAUUCGAACUGCUGAGCUGCUGACCCCUCAAUCGACAAGUUCAACGUCCUAGCCCCUGAGCCACCAUGUUUUGCUUAGUUAGAUUAGUUUAGUUAGAUUAAAUUAGAUUAGUUAGGUGCACUUAAUUCCCAUAAAACGAUCUACAGAGAUUUGGGACCAUAUAAAUACACGUAAUGUGGAGAAAGGUUUAACAGUCACAAGACGCUCAUGAAAGAAUCCACACAGGGAAAUUCCAUAUUAAUGCAUGGACUGUGGAAGUAAUUUUGCUGGGAAGGAACAUGUUUAUCAUCACGAAAGGAUCCAUGGCAGGAGGAAACCUUUUAAAUGAACGAAGUGGAAAGGCCUCUAGAAGAAAUUUAUCUGACUUGCCAUUAGAGGAUUCACAAGGGGGAGAAAUCAUGUAAAUGCAGAGUACCGAAAAAGUUUUACUCAGGAAGGACACCAUAAUUCUCAAAAGAAAGCACCCACAAGAAACCAUGUAAGUCCAUGGAAGGAAGUUCAGAACAAGCUUUCUGAUCCCAGAUACUGGAAUUCAUUCAAAGGAGCCAGCUCUUCUGUUCUCUAGUUUGACCUGCAUUUUUCUUCUCCAUGUGGAAAAGGAUGCAAAAUAGCAAUGAAGCCCUUCCGUUUCCCCCGUUCCCCAUCAAUAAGCUGGCAGGAAUAGCCAACACUCCAGAAGAUAGGCUCAAGAUACAGAAAGAUCUUGGGCACUAUCUAACAAAAUGAAAUUCAACAAUGAAAAAAGAGGUUCUACAUUUAGGCCAAAAAAACAAAAUGCACCAGUACCGUAUAUGUGGUACCUUGCUUAAUAGUAGUAACUGUGAGAGGGAUCUUGGAGUCUUAGUGGACAACCAUUUAGAUAUGAGCCACAGUGUGCAGCAGCUGCCAAAACCAACACAAUUCUGGGCUGUAUAAACAGAGGGAUAGAAUCAAGAUCACGUGAAGUGUUAAUACCACUUUAUAAUGCCUUGGUAAGGCCACACUUGGAAUAUUGCAUCCAGUUUUGGUCGCCACGAUGUAGAAAGGAUGUUGAGACUCUAGAAAGAGUGCAGAAAAGAGCAACAAAGAUGAUUAGGGGACUGGAGGCUAAAACAUACGAAGAAUGGUUGCAGGAACUGGUUAUGCCUAGUUUAAUGAAAAGAAGGACUAGGGGAGACAUGAUAGCAGUGUUCCAAUAUCUCAGAGGUUGCCACAAAGAAGAGGGAGUCAAACUAUUCUCCAAAGCACCUGAGGGCAGAACAAGAAGCAAUGGGUGGAAACUGAUCAAGGAAAGAAGCAACUUAGAACUAAGGAGAAAUUUCCUGACAGAACAAUUAAUCAGAGGAACAACUUGCCUUCAGAAGUUGUGAAUGCUCUAACACUGGAAAUUUUUAAGAAAAUGUUGGAUAGCCAUUUGUCUGAAAUGGUGUAGGGUUUCCUGCCUGGGUAGGGGGUUGGACUAGAAGGCCUCCAAGGUCCCUUCCAACUAUUAUUAUUAUUAUUAUAUUAUUACUAUCUUUAGUAAUUACUAUAAUAUUAUUACUUUAUUACUAUAAUAUUAUUACUUUAUUACUAUAUUAUUAUUAUUAUUAUUAUUAUUAUUAUUAUUAUUAUUAUUAUUAUUAUUAUUAUUAUUAUAUUACUAUCUUUUUCAACUAGAUGACUAAUGGCUUAAUUUCCUG